AUGGCCACGUCCAAUAAGGUGGAAUUGGCGGAAGCGCUAGCCCUGGGGCCCCCCUGGCGGCAUCUUUGUUACGCGAUGCUAUAUGCUCCCAGCCCACAGGCGCUCUUCGGUGGCCGCAUCCCAUUACGCUAUGCUGUGCUGAUGUACAUGCGCUUUGAUGGGCGACUGGGCUUCCCAGGUGGUUUUGUGGAUGACCACAGCCCCAGCCUGGAGGACGGGCUGAACAAGGAACUGCUGAGGAAGUUGGGUGAAGGUGUGUCCACUUUCAGUAUGGCAACCACCGACUACCGAAGCUCCCUCAGCGAUGCCAGAGCGAAAGUGGUGGCCCACUUCUAUGUCAAGUGUCUGACACUAGAGCAGCUCCAGGCCGUAGAAACCAAAGCACCACUAGCCAAGGAAUACGGGCUGGAGGUCUUGGGCCUGGUGCGGGUGCCACUGUAUACUUUGCACGAUGGUGUGGGAGGCCUGCCUGCCUUUCUGGAGAAUUCCUUCAUUGGCGCCACCAGGAACCAGCUACUGGAAACCCUCCAGAACUUGGAGAUUCUGGAUCCCCAAACUGUCUCAAACCUCAAGGAACGAAUUGCUAAACAUAAGCUUCCCUUAAGGUUGAUGGAGACCUGA